AUGGCGGCAGAAGAAAUUGCAAAUACGUGGAUGGUUGAAUAUGUUUGUGAAAUUGUGUGGAAACAAUUUCAGUCAACCAAAAAAGUGGAUAUUGUCAACACAAGAGAUCUUAUCCAGGGUGUAGUGAGUUUACCUUCAUUAAGAUCCACUCAGUUAACAUCUAAAAUAAACUUUCUAACGCUGAUGUGUCGACUAGCCGAUGGUAGUGAUUAUACCACAUUGUAUCAGAAUGAACAAGAGAAUGAGAAGACAGUUUUAGAAACAGUAAUUCCAUUGUUUGAUAGAUUCAUGUCAUUAUUUCUCAAGUCUGAUGAUUCUCUAACCAAACAGUGCUCCUAUCAUAGAAGUCUGAUCAAAGCACAGUCUGUAUUGACAUGUUAUAAAGCGGCUGAUUUUGCCAAGGCUGAAGAUGUGUUUGAGAGACAGUAUAAAGAACCAUCUAUUUUAACAGAUUAUGAUAAGGCUUGGGCAGCUAAAUUAAGAACAAUGUUACGAUCCAGAAAUAAGAAUAAUAAAUUAGUCAUAGAAAAUAGUUUUGACAAGUUUCUGGAUGAGAUGGUCGAGUUUUUUGAACCUUUGACUAAAACUUGGAAUAAACCACUUUUGUUAAAGAUUUGUGAGGUGUACAGUAAACAUCGUAUGAGUUUAAAUAAGAAUGAGAAGCGAGUUAUUAAGCCUAGUGAAUUAUUGAAGAUGAAUAAUGGUAAGAUACGAGAUACAGAUAUUACAGAUCUACCAGUAAUAACUCAUCAACGGGAACAGAAGAUCAAUGAGAUGUUAGAAGAAUCAGAAACAGUAACAGGAGAUCAGAGUAAUAAUAACAUUGGUCAACCUUCUAAACAAAAUGGUGAAAGUUUCCAUGAAGAAGUGUCGUCUACAUCCAGAAAAUCUCCUGAACAAAAAUCUCCUAGUAAAAGAUCUAUUGGUAAACCAAAAGAAAACAACAUUAAUAUUAAUCCAACUUCUAGUCCAGAAAAAACAAACAGUCUGAAUAAGUUUGUUUAUCGUAAAAAUAAAAACCGAGCGAAUCGACAUGAACCUAUCCAGUCAUCUUCCGAUAAUGAAAGUUAUGAUCCUGAACCAAUACCAAGUAAAAUCCCUAAAAAGACAUUUGAAUUUUUACCUUCACGUGAAAGUCUAGCUCCACCCCCAGAUGGGCAAUAUUCUGAUAAAGCUAAAGAGUCAUUCAAUAUGAGUUUUGUGACAGCUUCUAGUGGUCGAAAGAAGUGGACAAAAGAAGAAGAUGAAGACUUAUUCCAUGCUGUAAAAAAACAUGGAGUAGGAAGAUGGGCCAAUAUCAAGCUGGACAUACGAAAUGCUAAAACUGGACCACAGUGUAAAGAUCGUUGGAGAAAUCUGAUUAAGAGUAACCUUAUUUUACAACUUGUUGAGAAGUUUGGAGAUUAUGAAAAUUAA